AUGCAAAUGCUGCAGGUAACAAACAAGAACACUCAGCGCUACUACAGUGUGAUAUCCUGUGGAAGCCUGUCCUUCCCCCACAACGGGAACAAGAUCGGGACGCUGACCGUCUUUGGAGCCACCGCCAUAUUUACCUGCAACACGGGCUACACCCUCGUGGGCUCACACGUCAGAGAGUGCUUGGCCAACGGACUCUGGAGCGGAACCGAAACUCGGUGUCUCGCUGGCCACUGCGGCUCCCCGGACCCUAUCGUGAACGGCCACAUCAGUGGUGACGGCUUCAGUUACAGAGACACGGUGGUCUAUCAGUGCAACCCUGGCUUCCGGCUGGUGGGGACCUCCGUGAGGAUCUGCUUGCAGGACCACAAGUGGUCCGGGCACACUCCUGUCUGCGUCCCCAUCACCUGUGGCCACCCUGGGAACCCGGCCCACGGCCUCACAGACGGCAGCGAGUUCAACCUGAACGACGUGGUCAACUUCACCUGCAACGCGGGCUACUUGCUGCAGGGCGCGUCUCGAGCCCAGUGCCGCAGCGACGGGCAGUGGAGUAGCCCUCUGCCCACCUGCCGAGUGGUGAACUGCUCAGACCCCGGCUUCGUGGACAACGCCGUCCGCCACGGGCAGCGGAGCCUCCCGGAGAGCUUCAAGUAUGGCAUGAGUGUCCUGUUUCACUGCAAAAAGGGGUUUUACCUGCUGGGGUCGUCGGCCCUGACCUGCACGGCGAGCGGCCUGUGGGACCGCUCCCUGCCCAGUUGUUUGGUCAUAUCGUGUGGGCACCCGGGAGUCCCAGCCAACGCCGUGCUGACCGGAGAGAGGUUCACCUACGGGGCCACAGUCCACUACUCAUGCAGUGGGGGCCGAAGCCUUGUGGGCAACAGCACCCGGGUUUGCCAGGAGGACAGUCACUGGAGUGGGGCCCUCCCCCACUGCACAGGGAACAACCCUGGGUUCUGUGGCGACCCAGGGACCCCCGCCCAUGGGUCUCGGCUUGGGGAUGAGUUCAAGACCAAGAGCCUGCUCCGCUUCUCCUGUGAGAUGGGCCACCAGCUGAGGGGCUCCGCCGAGCGAACCUGCUUGAGCAACGGCUCGUGGUCGGGACUGCAGCCCGUGUGUGAGGCCGUGUCCUGUGGAAAUCCCGGCACGCCCACCAACGGCAUGAUCGUCAGCAGUGACGGCAUCCUCUUCUCCAGCUCCGUCAUCUAUGCUUGCUGGGAGGGCUACAAGACCGCGGGGCUCAUGACCCGGCACUGCACCGCCAACGGGACCUGGACCGGCACGGCUCCGGAUUGCACAAUCGUGAGCUGCGGAGACCCCGGCACGCUGCCCAACGGCAUCCAGUUUGGGAGCGACUUCACCUUCAACAGCACAGUGAGCUACCAGUGCAACCCUGGCUAUCUCAUGGAGCCUGCCGCGGCGGCCACGAUCCGCUGCACCAGGGACGGCACCUGGAACCAGAGCAAGCCGGUCUGCAAAGCGGUGCUGUGCACUCAGCCUCCGCAGGUGCACAACGGCAGGGUGGAAGGCAGCGACUUCCGCUGGGGCUCCAGCAUCAGCUACAGCUGCGUGGACGGCUACCAGCUUUCUCACUCCGCCAUCCUCUCCUGCGAAGGGCGCGGCGUGUGGAAGGGAGAGGUCCCUCAGUGCCUGCCCGUGUUCUGUGGAGACCCUGGCACGCCCGCCGAGGGGAGGCAGAGUGGGAAGAGCUUCACCUACAAGUCGGAAGUCCUCUUCCAGUGCAAAUCUCCGUUCAUCCUCGUGGGGUCUUCCCGAAGAGUGUGCCAAGCCGACGGCUCCUGGAGCGGGGUGCAGCCCAUCUGCAUUGAUCCUGCUCAUAACAGCUGCCCAGACCCUGGUACCCCGCACUUUGGAAUCCAGAAUAGCUCCCGGGGAUAUGAGGUUGGAAGCAUGGUGUUCUUCAGGUGCAGGAAAGGCUACCAUAUCCAAGGCUCUACGACUCGAACUUGCCUGGCCAAUUUGACGUGGAGCGGGAUACAGACAGAGUGCAUCCCUCAUGCCUGCCGACAGCCAGAGACCCCCGCACACGCCGACGUGAGAGCCAUUGAUCUCCCCACGUUUGGCUACACCCUGGUGUACACCUGCCACCCAGGGUUCUUCCUUGCAGGUGGAUCAGAGCACAGGACGUGUAAAGCAGAUAUGAAAUGGACAGGGAAGUCACCUGUCUGUAAAAGUAAAGGAGUGAGAGAAGUUAAUGAAACAGUUACUAAAACUCCAG